GUCUACACAUCUGCUUCUACAUUCAUUUGAGCACGAGUGUGUGUAAAUAUGAAGGCAUUGUGCCGUGUACUGCUGUGUUUCGCUCUGGUCUUUCUGUCUGUGACGAACUCUCAGUCACCCGUGGGGACUGGCACUUAUACGGAGUGCACAGAUGGCUAUGAGUGGGAUGCGCAAAUCCAAAACUGUAAAGACAUAAACGAGUGUGAGAGGAUUGCAGAGCCAUGUCAAGGGGAGAUGAAAUGCUUUAACCACUACGGUGGUUACCUGUGUCUGCCACGCUCUGCGUCUGUCAUCACUGCCCCCGAGCCUGCUGCCCAGCCAGACCUACGUGUUUCUGGGGUGUCCAAUGGGGCUUUCAGUCCCUGCCCUGUGGGCUAUGAGGCCUUGGGAGAGAGCUGCAUAGAUAUUGAUGAGUGUGAACUGGGCCUGCAUGACUGUCAGCCGAGUCAGCACUGCAUUAACACACUCGGAACAUACACCUGCCAGUGUACUGAAGGCUACAGAAAGAUCGGCCAAGAGUGUGUCGAUAUUGAUGAGUGCAUGAACCGCUACUGCCAGCAUCGCUGUGUCAAUUAUCCUGGAUCUUUCUCCUGCCAGUGUGAGCCAGGCUUCCAGCUUGCUGAGAACAACCGGUCCUGUGUGGAUGUAAAUGAGUGUGAAAUGGGAGCACCAUGUCAGCAGAGGUGCUACAACACAUACGGGACAUUUCUGUGUCGCUGUGAACAAGGCUACGACCUCGACUCUGAUGGCUUCACAUGCAAUGACAUUGAUGAGUGCAGCUACUCCAGUUAUCUGUGUCAGUUCCAGUGCGUGAACGAACCAGGCCGAUUUUCCUGCGUGUGUCCACAGGGGUAUCAGCUACUCGGCUCACGCCUCUGCCAAGAUGUGAAUGAGUGUGAGUCAGGCACCCAUCAGUGUACAGAAGGACAGAGCUGUGUGAAUAUUCAUGGAGGAUACCAGUGUGUGGACUCCAAUCGCUGCCGUGAUCCUUACAUCCAUGUUUCAGAGAAUCGAUGUGUGUGUCCGUCGGUGAAACCAGAAUGUCGUGACCUGCCUUUCUCCAUCGUGCACCGCUACAUGAGCAUCACCUCUGAACGCACUGUACCCUCUGACAUCUUCCAAAUCCAGGCCACCAGUGUCUACCCUGGAGCCUACAACACCUUCCACAUCCGCUCAGGUGAUGAUGCAGGAGACUUUUACAUCAGGCAAAUCAAUAAUGUCAGUGCCAUGUUGGUUCUGGCUCGGGAAGUCAGAGGACCCAAAGAGUAUACUCUGGACCUGGAGAUGGUGUCUGUCAACCCGCUGAUAAACUACCAGAGCAGCUCAAUCCUCCGCCUUUCCAUCCAUGUAGGACCUUAUGCAUUCUGAAAAAAGGAAAGAUACCAAGGAUAAGCAGCGAAUUGUAAGGUGCUUCAUAAAUAGAACACUUUUGAAGGUUGUCUUUCUAGCGCUUCCAUAACGUCUUACUUAAACUAAUUUUGCUUUCAAAAUUUUUACAGGGUCAUAAUAUUUAUCCAUUCAUUGUAGAUAAUAAAAUAUCACAUAAAUGGAUAUAGAAUACUUUACAAUUCUUUCAAGAGAAUAAGAUAGUUGAAGAGAAUGCAUGUCCUUUAUGAUUGUUCAGAGAUGUUGAGGAGAAUGCACGUCCUUUAUGAUUGUUCAGAGAUGGAGAACUAAAUUGAAAAUAAUACAAUACACGACAACGUUUUUUUUUUAGAAUUCUUUCAGAGGAAACCAGAACAGUAAUGUUUAUGUAAGAUGCAAUGAAUUUGCAGCAACCUUCCUAAUAAAGUGUUGCGAUGUACAAUGGACAAGUGUGCAUAAUGGCAAAGAAGAGCUCUGAAAUUUGGCACAGCUGCCUGUGAAAUCAUUUCCCCCUCAGUGUGACUUACUUUAGCCUGAUUAUUCUGGAAUGUGCACACACACAUACUGUACACACACAUGCGCACACAUACACACACAGGCAAACAUACAGUACAUACACAUACAAACACACACAUACACUCAUACACACACACACACACACAUACACACAUACAGACAUACACAUGCACACACAUACACACCCACAUGCGCACAUACACACAUACAGUACAGACACACACAUGCAAACAUCCACAUCCACACAUACAGACAUACACAUGCGCACACACACACUCAUACACACACACAUGCACACAUACACACACAAACACAUACAUUACAGACACACACACACACACACACACACACACACACACACACACACACACACACACACACACACACACACACACACACACACACACACACACACACUAAACCAUGAUGGACUAUAUUGUUUAAUUAUUACUCAGAGAGUUAAACUAUCUAUGAACAUAUUAUUAUUAAUAUUCAUGUUUCCACAUACAUUGUGUCCAUAAACAAAAGGAACACAUUUGUUAAUCCCUUAUACAAGUUCUACAGUAUAUGAAAUCUAAUUCUUGAUCAUCACUUAUUCCACAGUAAGUAACUGAUGACAGAAAACACCUCUAUUUCAUCAUUUUAAAGACUGUUGAAUAAAAUUGUUUCCUAUUUUCUUUUUUUUCUUAGUUAACUCAGCAGACAUAGUUGUAUCAGAUUUUUGUUUUUAAGUCUUACCAAUCUGUGUUCUUCCUAGUUUCCUUUAUAUUUUACUAAUUUGCCAGAUGCUUUUAUAUGUAUCUGAGUAGACUAAAAUGAUCUUUGCUCAGGAUCCCAACAGUGGUAGUGUGACAUUGCUGACAUUUAAACUUCUGAUCAGUAGAUCAAUGCCUUAAAUCACUAAACCACUAACACCUACCUAUUGUUUUAUAUCACUUACUGACAUUUUCUGUGAUGCUAUCAUGUGUAGCAUAUUGAAUAAUAAAUUGUCUGUGUAGUUUGUCAUAAGAAAAUAGAAAAUAAUCAAUAUAAUUACCUGCAUUUAUAUCCUCAUUAAGGAGAUCCUAAUUAAAUAAAUAUGCUUUUUUAAAAGAUCAA